UUCUAAAACUCAACCUUCUCGCCGUAUUUUGCCUCUCCGUCUCACGGCCUCUCCAUAUUGCCGUUUAACUCCACUCCGUCUUGCUUCCUCGCCAUCUCGCCGCCUCUCGGAGACAAUGUCUUCUCUGUUUCAAUAUAUCUAUUUAUGCACAGGUUCAUGAGUGUGCUCACACGGCCCUUCUAUCCGAAAACUCACUUUCAAGUUUCUACAAAUUGAUGGGAGUUAUUUUGUUCAGCAUCUAUUGAAAGUUGACAAAGCAUCUUUUUUUAUCUAACCAAAAUUUCCAUGGAAAUUCAACAUAUUGUUUCUGGGUUUUCUUCAAAAUUAUCACACACACCAUCAACUCCAAUUGGAAAGCAACUUUUCUCUUUGAAAUCCCCUUUACUUUCUUCUUCAUACCCUUCUCUUCAGUCCCAGAAUUUCGAGGUUUUGAGUGGGGCUUGUAACCCUAUCAACAUUGCAAAAAAAGGCGGAUGUUAUAGCUCUAGGAGGAGAGUAUGGUGCAGCAGUACUAGCAGGGAUAUUGCAGAUCCAAACAAGGGGCACGAGGUGAAAGCUCAGGUCAUAGGGAGAAGGAAAAAGCUGGCUGUGUUUGUGUCGGGUGGAGGAUCUAACUUCAAAGCGAUUCACGAGGCAUCCAAAAGGGGAUCGGUUCAUGGAGAUAUCAUUGUAUUGGUUACGAAUAAAAGCGAGUGUGGAGGUGCUGAGUACGCAGGAAAUAAUGAUAUACCAGUUAUAUUGUUCCCUAAAGCAAAGGAAGAAUCUGAAGGAUUAUGUCCUAAUGACCUUGUUGAUACACUAAGGAGAUUGGAGGUUGAUUUUAUUCUUUUAGCUGGAUACCUCAAACUUAUACCAGUGGAACUGAUCCGUGCUUAUGAAAGAUCAAUAUUUAACAUUCAUCCAUCACUUCUUCCAGCUUUUGGUGGCAAGGGCCACUAUGGUAUGAAGGUACAUAAAGCAGUAAUUGCUUCUGGCGCAAGAUUUUCAGGUCCUACAAUUCAUUAUGUGGAUGAACACUACGACACAGGGCGUAUCCUUGCCCAGCGUGUCGUCCCCGUGCUUGCUAACGAUACUGCAGAAGACUUGUCUGCCAGGGUUUUAAGAGAGGAACACCGAUUAUAUGUUGAGGUGGUAGAGGCUUUAUGUGAAGACAGAAUAGUUUGGAGGAAAGAUGGGGUUCCGCUCAUCCAAAGCAAAGAAAAUCCUAAUGAAACUUAUUGAUUUAUCAAUUGUAUAGUCAAAAUUUUCUGAAUUACAACGACUACAUCAACUUUUAUUUAUCAAAUUUCAUAUAAAUUAAAAAUGAUUUUGUAUUAUCUUGUUGAUUAUAAAAGUUCAAUUUAUCUUAAA